UUACUCUGUCUGCAUCCCCACCCCCAGGAAAAUUAACCCUCAUUUGUAGAAUGCCACCUUCAUGCCUCAGACACAAACCUUGAGCUGCAGCACAGCUGCCUUCAGGAGGCCUUGUGGCACUUGUCAGGCUGGAGAAGGACAAGAUGUCCCUAUACCAUCCCCAAGAGUGACAGUGCUCUGGCACCUUUGAUCUACUCUCUAGAGCAGGGAGGGAAUGGCUGGUGACAAAGUGCAGCCUGCAGCACUGCACUGUAUCAUCAGAAUGGACUGGUGUGCCAGUGCAGGUGCUCAUUUUAUCACACUGGAUUAGGGCUUUAGUGCUCACACAGUUUAAACAUUAAUAUUUGCCUAUUUAAGCCAUAGGCACCGGCACAGCCUGGCCACAGAGGUGCUGCCAUGGCUGAGUUUGGGGACCUUUUAAAGGCUCUGGGGGAGUUUGGGCUCUAUCAGAAACUGCUGAUCCUGCUCCUCUUCCUCCCACUCCUUCUCAACCCUUUCCAAAUGGUUGGCCAAGUGUUCAUGGUGGUGGAAGUGCCUCACCACUGUGACACCAGCUGGAUCCUCGCCGUGGGCCCCAACCUGACAGAGGAAGAGCAGCUGAACCUCACCCUGCCCCGGGGCCCCGACGGGCACUUUGAGCAGUGCUCCAUGUUCUCCCCGGUGGACUGGGACCUGGAUUCCAUCCUGGCCUAUGGGCUGAACCACACUGAGAAGUGCAGCAGUGGCUGGGUGUACCCCUCCGAGCAGCCACCGUCCCUGCUGACCGAGUUUGACCUGGUGUGUGACAGGGCGGUCCUGAGUGAUGUCUCCCAGUCCAUCUACAUGGCUGGCCUUCUCAUUGGAGCCACGGUCUUUGGGAUGCUGAGUGACAGGAUAGGCAGACGGCCAGUCUUUCUCAUCUGCAUCCUCCUGCAGGCCGUCUUUGGCCUGGCAACUGCCUUUGUGCCCCAUUUCUAUGUGUUCAUGGCCUUCAGGUUUGUCGUGGGAGCUGCCGUGUCAGGAAUUAUGAUUGCAGACGUGUCACUGGCUACAGAAUGGGUUGGUAUCUCCCACCGGACAAAGGCGCUGGUCAUCACUCACACGGCUGGCGCUACUGGGGAAAUGUUGGUGGCUGGUUUGACUUAUGGAAUUCGCCAUUGGAGGCUGCUGGAGAUUGCAGGAUCUGCUCCUAUGUUUGCCCUUUUCUUCUAUAUUUGGGUGCUCCCAGAGUCAGCUCGCUGGCUGGUGACCAAGGGCAGAAUCGAGGAAGCCAAGAAGGUGCUGCAGAAGGCGGCGGCCACCAACAAGCGCAGCCUCCCAUCAGAGCUCCUGGAGCAGUUGAAGCCUGAGAAAGAGGUCAAGUCUGGAAGUUUCCUGGAUCUCUUCAGGACAAAGAACCUGCUGAAGGUGACUUUAAUCAUGGCGUGUGUCUGGUUUGCAGACAGCAUUGUCUACUAUGGGCUGAGCCUCAGCGUGACAGAUUUUGGCCUGGACAUCUACCUGACACAGCUGGCCUUUGGGGCAGUAGGACUUCCAGCUCGAAUUUCCUGCAUUUUCCUGCUGGAAUGGUUUGGGAGGAAGAAAGUGCAGGGCAUUCUCCUGCUGCUGGCUGGCACAAUAUGCCUCAUCCUUACUGGCAUCCCUGAAGACCAGGCCGUGGUAAUCACUGUCUUGGCCACCAUCGGCAAGUUCACAGCCGCGGCCGCUUUCUCCACCUCCUAUGUCUACACUGCUGAGCUCUUCCCCACCAUCCUCAGGCAGACGGGCGUGGGGCUGUGCUCGACCAUGGCGAGGGUGGCCGGGAUCCUGGCCCCGCUGAUCAUCCCCCUGGCCCAGUACCACCGGGCCAUCCCCAAAGCCAUCUUUGGGAGCAUCCCUGUGCUGGUGGCCCUGUUCUGCAUCCUGCUGCCCGAGACCCGUGGCAUUGACCUGGCAGAUGACACAGGGAAACAACAACCUCUCGAUGAGGUGGGUACAGGGAUCUCUGAAUUUAAGGGGAAAAAAAAGAAACAGCAAAUGUAA